GACAAGCUGUGUACGAUAUACAGCGCUGUCAGCCUAACUAGAAAUUUAUACGGAUACUAGUAUAAAAAAACCGGUUUGGCAACCGGCUGGUUGCAUACAUAUACCGUACCUAUCAAAACGGUUCCAUGAAAUCCCGUUGCAACGGCUGACCGGUUUAUACUGUAUUUUGCUUAUGUAACAUGGGUAAAAGAGAGCUGCCUCGAUUUGUGCCAUGUCAUUUGUGAAGCGGGCUAGCAUGCCAUGACUGUUUAUGCGCGUACAACGAGCGUGCUAUUCUGUUCGAUCAGAAUAUUUUGUUCGAUCUCUUGUCAACGGUGGCUGUUAAAUUUUUAUGCAAUCAUUGACGAGUAACACUGCGCAAUCUUUCGUUUAUUGAUCGAGGAAAUUCUUCCCUUUCCCGGAGGACGCCGUAAUUGCAGAAUGGGAUUGUGGUUUAUGCUGCCGCUGUUGGUUGUGGCUGCGUUAUCCGUGUUGCAGUGCAACGCCACGAUGACAACUGGGUUAGCUGGUACCAACGCCACAUCCAACAGCGGCAACUGGACGACGGCUUGGCCAGCGGCGCAACGGCCCGUCCACUGCCCGCCCAAACCGGAUCUGCAGGCGCCGGCCGCCGGGAUGCCCUUCAUCCUGGGACCGUGUAUUCAGCAGUGCUUCGCUGAUAGUCAGUGCUCGACUGGGCAGAAGUGCUGUCCGUUGGCUUGUGGAUCGGCCUGCAUCCCCACCACCAUGAUGUAGAUGAUGGUGGAAGGGAAUUACCCUGGCAUCAUUUCUUUACUUGUCUUUUGACGGACCACAGUGAAGGUUUUCCAGAUUCACCUCCAAUGUUCAGUUUAAUUUCAGUCCGCUGCGAAAACACUGCUUAUGACUUAAGGAUAUCUGCUACGAGUAGUUCUCUAUUAAGAGUUUGGGACCAAGUGCUUGCAAUUUUAUGCACAUUUCAUGUAUUCCUGUUGCGCACUGCCUGUUAAUUAUAUUAUCACAUUUUAAACCGUGGACCGACUGACCGAUUUCCACUUUUUAAAUCUUACGUUGCAUGUACACACAUACAAAUUAUUUACAUAUACGAAAACAACUGAGACUAUCUGUACUUGAGAACUGUGUUUAGCGCAUCUACCGGAGCAUUUUCGCUGUUUGUAGGUCACCGCUGUUAAGCAAGCAAA